UUGACAAUGCUUAAAUAGUUUCAGAUCUUCGGUGUCGUGUUAGUCUAGUUAACGUGCUCAGAGUGUGUGUGUGUGUAUUGGCUUUGUUUCGGUCUCCAGUUCCACAAUACAAAAAUGAAUAUCCCAACAUACAGAGCUAGAAAAAUUCUAAACAGCUUAGAUAAUACAAGGAAAAAGAGGAUAAAGAAGAUGAAUAUGAAUAUGAAAGUAGUCCCGCUCCAUCGAUUUCUGGUGAUAUGUCGUUCCUCGAUUUCGAUUCCGAUGACUCGAUGAAGGAUCCCACAUUUAAACCAGAAGUUAAAGAUAAGCAAACGACAUUUUUCGAUCUUCAAAAAACUGAGGAUGUAUUGACAAUAGAGAAAAAUAAUGAAAAAGAGUUAGAAAAAAAGGAAGUUAAAAAGAAAGAAGAACAAAAUAACGCUGCAGUGGAAGAAAUUAUGAGAUCGGAUAUCGUUUCCACUGAUGAACAGCUAAAUGAAAAGUCCCCUAAAAUUGUUAUCCUGAGUAACAUUGAUGUGUCCAAUUUCAAUCAAAUAUCGGAGACUCAAACUAAAACAACAACGAAAAAAAAGAGAACAAAGUGUAAGUUUUGUCAGACAGAUGUAACAAAUUUUGAGAGGCAUCUUGAGCGGAACCACGAUGAUACUAAAGAGGUACAAGAUAUGAUGUCUUUUCCAAAAAGCCAUCCUGAAAGGAAAAAAAUUCUAAGUUUGUUGAGAAAUGCAGCAAAUUUUACAGAGUAUCUUAAAGGCAAUGUACAGCCUAAGUAUCAUUAUAAGACAGAAUCUAAAGAAUAUUACCCAUGUUCACGCUGCAAAGCAAUGCUGUCUAAAUCGUAUUUGUCACGUCAUAAAAAAAACUGCAUACUGAAACACACGAAUAAUAAUGAAAUUCGUAAGAUGAAUUCACUAGCAGCAUCACAAACAUUAAUAGCUAGUUCUUUUGAUGAAAAUAGUAACUUGCACAAACUGAGAGUAAAAGAGGAAGUCUUUGACCGAAUGAAACCUGAUUAUAUCUCCUUGGUUGCGAAAUCCGACUACCUAAUUUAUAACUUUGGAGAAAACUAUCUCAAAAAACACAGAAGAGAACAACUCGUUACAGUUUGUUCCAAUAAAAUGAGAGAAUUGGCACGGUUUCUGAUACAAUUCAGAAAAAUGACAAAUAACUCAAAAUUCAGGCUACAAGACGUUUUUAAACCAAAAUUGUUUGAUAUGACAGUCGAAUGCGCAAAACAUGUAGGGGGAUAUGAAAAAUAUUCUAAGACAUAUCGUGCACCUAGCCUACCUGCACAUCUGGGAACUUCAUUAAAACAAGUUUGUGAACUUUUCACAGACUGGUCCUGA